CGUUAAAUACCGGCGGGUCGGGCCGCCCCGGCACCACCGCCUCCGGAACCGCCGCUGCCCCCACCAUGACCGGCGAGGGUGAGUCCGGCCGCCGCCGCUGCUGCUGCUCGCAGGACGCGCCCGAUGUCCCCAAGGCCACCGAGACCCAGGGUGACAGUGAUGGCCCCCGCCGCGGCUCCCUCUGCGACCGGCACUGCAGCACCAUCAACAACCUGCAGGGUGACCUGGGCUGCCACCUGUACUGUCCCCAUGUCCCCCCAGCCGUGUCCCCUCCGUCCUGCUGCCAGCAGCACUCGGAGGAGGUCUGCGAGAGCUGCGUGGUGAAAACCACCCUGACAGCCGAAAAUGCCGUGGAGGCCAACAAGCUCUCCAACAACUACAAGUUUGGCUUCAAGAAAUGGAAGAGCCACGUGACGGCGCGGCCCUGGGAGGACCGAUCGGAGAUUGUCAAGGAGCUCUACUCUGACCUCAAUGUCAUCCGGGGCCCUGGAGGGUCCACAGUGACGUUUGGAAACGUCCUCUACCUCCUGCUCUUUGGCUGGUGGCUCUCGGUCCUCUACGUCCUUGUGGCUGCCGUGAUGUUUGUCACCAUUGUGGGGGCUCCUUAUGGGCGGCUCUGCUGGGACCUGGCCAGCUAUUUCCUCUGGCCCUUUGGCAAAGUGAUCCAGAAAGUGGAGGUCCCCAAAUCCCACCAGGUGCUGGGUACAUCAGAGAGCGGAGGGGACGCGAGCGGCGCGGGGGAGAGCUCAGCCCUGCUCGGUGGCCCUGUGCCGCGGCGCUGGCGCCCGCGGUGCUGCAUUAACACCGGAUACUGGCGGCAUGCUGGCACCGUGGCGUGGCUGUGCCUGGGCUACCCGGUGCUGGCGCUGGCCCACGGGCUGGCGUGUGUCACCGCGUGGCUCCUGGUCGUCCUCAUCCCCGUGGCCAAGCUGAGCGCCCGUGCCGUCACCCGUGUCCUGCUGCUGCCCCCCAAGCGGGUGCUCGUCCGGCGUCUGAGGAUGACGGAGGUCCCGCUGGAGGGGGAGGUGAUUCUCUGCUGCCACCGUGCCCUCAACCCCUACUACUACAAAUAUGCCGUGGAUGGCAUCAAUGUCUUUGCUGUCAACCUGCUGCCACUGGUGCUGGUGACACUGGUGCUGGGUUACGUGGACAGUCACAACCACCUAACCAGCUCCCCUGUCAAGUUCACGUUGGCCUUGCUCUCCAUCAUGCCCCUCUCCUACUACAUUGGGAUGGCCAUUGCCAGCAUCUCAGCCCAGAGCAACUUUGCGGUGGGAGCGGUGGUGAACGCCACGUUCGGCUCCAUCACGGAACUCACCUUCUACAUCACGGCGCUCAUCAAGGGCUCCCGCGAGGGCAACCGCUGCUAUGCCGAGAUCGUCAAGUCGGCGUUGACGGGGACGUUGGUGGGCUGUGUCCUCUUUGUCCCGGGUCUGUGCAUGGUGAUCGGGGGCAUCCGGCACCAGGAGCAACGGUUCAACAGCCGCUCGGCGGGCGUCAGCUCAGCCCUGCUCUUCCUCUCUGUGGGAGGUGUCUUUGCCCCGACGCUCUUCUCCAAGGUGUAUGGGAAGCUGGUGUGUGGUGAGUGCCACAAUGUCACCCAGAACCCGCUGGGCCACUACCUCUGCCACAACUGUCACUUUGACCUGAUGGACAACAACGGCACCCUCUACUACAGCCACGUCCAACCCCUGGUGUACACAGUGUCCCUGCUGCUCCCCGCUGCCUACCUCAUCGGCCUCUUCUUCACCCUGAAAACUCACUCGCACAUCUACGACAUCCACAUCAGCGACUGUCACAUGCCCGGCCACCACCACAGCGCUGUGGUCCACUGGUCUCGCUGGCGGGCCCUGGUCAUCCUGCUCCUCUCCACCCUCUGCAUGUCGGCCUGUGCUGACCUGGCCACGGAGCACAUCAGCCCCAUCCUCACCAACUCCACUAUCUCACAGUACUUCAUUGGUGUCACCGUGCUGGCGAUGGUCCCGGAGCUGCCAGAGAUUGUCAACGGCAUCCAGUUCGCCCUGCAGAACAACUUGAGCUUGAGCAUCGAGAUUGGGAACUGCAUUGCCGUCCAGGUCUGCAUGCUCCAGAUCCCCAUCCUGGUGCUCUUCACCAUCUUCUACCCGACCAACUUCACGCUUGUCUUCAGCGACCUCCACGUCUACGCCAGCAUGUUCAGCGUGGUGCUCAUGAACUACAUCUUCAUGGAUGGCAAAUGUGACUACUUCCAAGGCACGGUGCUGGUGAUGGUCUACUUCAUCCUCCUGGCUGUGUACUUCUUCGCCCCGUCGCCCAGCGGUUGCUGAGGUUCCGAUUCUGGUUUCUCCAACCUUUGAGUUGGGUUUGGUGCCUGUUGAGGUGUUAUCUGGUGUCUCAGGGACUCAGCCAGGCUGGUUCCAGGCUGAAAACACUGUUGAAGCUCCUUGGAACGGCAACGGGGCUUCAGUGAUGGGAAGGGUGGUGGCCACCUGAACCAAGAAGGAGCCUCAACGCCAGAGCACUUCAUGGAGGUAUUUCCAGCCACGGGUGUGUGGUUGGAAGGAAAAUUGUCCUUAGUGGAGGGUCUGGAAGGGGUUUCAGUGUGUUCUUCAGGACAGACCCCUCCCUGGGGAUGUGUUGCACUGGGAGAAGGUGCCUGAGAAGCUCUUGUGCUUCCAGGCAGUGGGUGACCCUGGGCCUGGAAGGGACUUGGACCUGGGGAUCUCAAAGAGCUUCUUGAUGGUACUAGAAACGCACCUAAAGUAUUUUGCAGCUGUUUUGACAUUAAAACAGUUUUGUACAAAUCAGAAA